UCCUGGGACGCCGCACACUCUACAGAUGCUUCACUGUGCAGUGGGCUGUGGGCUGACGUCGCUCUUCCGCACUCCCGGGAUUGCAGCGGUCGCCGCCAUGAGCACCGGCACCUUCGUCCAGUUGGAGCCGCUCAACUACCGCGGCGGGGUCCGUGUGGAGCCGGUGGACAGCUGCGGCACGGAGAAGGCGUUCGAGCCGGCCACCGGCCGAGUGAUAGCUACAUUACGGUGUUCAGGAGAGAGGGAAGUAAGUUUGGCUGUUAAAAAUGCAAAGGCUGCCUUUAAAGUCUGGAGUAAGAAAUCUGGCAUGGAGCGCUGCGAAGUCCUUUUAGAGGCUGCCCGGAUGAUAAAGGAGCAGAAGAAUGCAAUUGCCACCAUUGAGACAAUCAACAAUGGAAAGUCCAUAUUUGAGGCCCGCCUGGAUGUUGACACUUCCUGGCAGUGCCUGGAAUACUAUGCAGGACUGGCUGCAUCCAUGGCAGGAGAGCAUGUCCAACUCCCAGGAGGGUCCUUUGGCUACACCAGAAGAGAGCCACUUGGGGUGUGUGUGGGGAUAGGAGCAUGGAACUACCCUUUCCAGAUUGCCUGUUGGAAGUCUGCUCCUGCUUUGGCAUGUGGUAAUGCCAUGAUCUUUAAGCCUUCUCCCUUCACACCUGUGUCUGCUUUGCUCCUGGCUGAGAUCUACACCAAAGCUGGCAUGCCUCCUGGGCUCUUCAAUGUGGUGCAGGGUGGGGCUGCUACAGGCCAGUUUCUGUGUCAGCAUCCUGAUGUGGCCAAAGUCUCCUUUACUGGAAGUGUGCCUACUGGCAUGAAGAUCAUGGAGAUGUCAGCUAAAGGAAUCAAACCUGUCACUUUGGAGCUUGGAGGCAAAUCUCCUCUUAUCAUCUUCUCAGACUGUGACCUAAAGAAUGCUGUGAAGGGGGCGUUGUUGGCCAACUUCCUCUCACAAGGCCAGGUUUGCUGUAAUGGCACCAGAGUGUUUGUGCAAAAGGAAAUUAUUGAUAAAUUUACGGAAGAAGUUGUGAAACAGACUGAAAAGAUAAAGAUCGGAGACCCCCUUCUAGAAGACACUAGGAUGGGGCCACUCAUCAAUAGUCCGCAUCUGGAACGGGUCUCUGGGUUUAUAAAGUUAGCAAAGGAGCAGGGUGCUACUGUGCUGUAUGGUGGAGAUGUGUAUGUUCCGACGGAUCCUAAAUUAAAAUUUGGAUAUUACAUGACACCUUGCAUUUUAACUAAUUGCAGAGAUGACAUGACCUGUGUGAAAGAAGAGAUCUUUGGACCAGUUAUGUCCAUUUUAUCGUUUGAAACUGAAGCUGAGGUUCUGGCACGGGCCAAUGAUACCAGUUUUGGACUAGCAGCUGGUGUCUUUACCAGUGACAUCCAGCGGGCUCACAGGGUGGCAGCUGAGCUUCAGGUAGGAACGUGCUACAUUAACAACUACAAUGUCAGUCCAGUGGAGUUGCCUUUUGGUGGAUAUAAGAAGUCAGGAUUUGGCAGAGAGAAUGGCCGAGUGACAAUUGAGUACUACACACAGCUAAAGACGGUGUAUGUGGAGAUGGGUGACGUGGAAUCGCCUUUCGAAAGCUAGUGAAGCCUGUCUGCAGGGCCAGGCUGUGGAAUGAACUGGCUGCCUUGACAGCAGUAUGACUGAUUAGCUGCUUACAUCCAUGCUUUGGGUCACUCAGGAUGAGGGAAUGGGUCAGUAUUGUCUUCCAUCUUGCAGUCCCCCUUCUCAGCUGAAAAUGUGCACAAGUGCCUUCCAGACACAGUAGCCAGGGAACUUGUUCUUCCUGAAAGUCCCCAUGAUCUUUACACAAACCCCAGCAAGACACUAUUCAAAACAGCCAGGCCACAGCUCUGCUCGAACACAUCUGUCCCACCAACAAUGGCAACUUGCUCUAAAGAUGCCUUCUUGGGUUCCCGAUGAAUCAGUAGACAUAUUUUCUUUGUUCAUUGACCGAUAAAAAUUUCUUAAAGUUCGUUUUCCCCUGA